ACAGCAGAGAGGUCGGCAACAGACACAGCAGAGAGGUCGGCAACAGACACAGCAGAGAUCUCGGUCGUCAUGGGCGGCGGUGGAACAGGGAAGAAGACGCUGCGCGACGCGCGCAACGGUGCCAUCCUGCAGAUGGUGGAAGCAGCAUCGCUUGGCAUGCCGCUGGAAGUCUGGAAGACACAUCUUGGGCGACACAGGAAUGAGACAACGUUCCAGGGCCUGUCCAACAUCUACAGGCAGCAUGGCGGCGGGUUCUCAGGCGUUCGCGCUUUCUGGAGGGGCACGACGGCCAAGAUGGUUGAGUCUGCGACCAAAGGAUCUGUGCUGAUGUUUUCGAAAGAGUUCCUGAAGGACACGAUGCUGAUGGCUGGUGCAUCCCCUGCCGCCGCAGGCUUCGUGGCCGGUGCUGGUGGUGGCGUUUGCCAGGUGAGCGUGAUGGGGCCCUGCACGUACAUUGUCACGUGCAUGGUGAACGGCGACAAGACGACGCCAAUCACCCAACAGAUCAAAUCAACCUUCAAACAAAAGGGCCUGCGCGGGUUUUAUCCUGGCGGCACCGCCAUCGCCUUCCGUCAAGCAACAAACUGGGCAAGCAGGCAGGGCUUCACAGACACCGUCAGAGAAGUGAUUAAGCGCAUGAAGUACGACGAUCCGGAGACGGCCAAGCUGACGGUUGGACAGGAGGUCAUGGCUGGCAUCAUCGGCGGUACCAUGGCCUGCUGGAACCACCCUUUUGAGGUUGCGAGAAUAGAGGCGCAGACGCGCGCUGCCGUCGGGGAGCCACCCCUCUCCUUCAUCAACACAUUCCGCACCGUCGUCAAAGCACACGGCGUCGCAGGCCUCUUCAAGGGCGUUGUGCCGCGGAUCUUCCUUGGGAUCUGGCAGACGACGUUUAUGGUCACGGGCGCCAACCUCAUCAGGGAGCACCUGCUCGGCGAGGAGCGAAAACUCGGCCACUGAUGCGCUGCCGACUGUUGACAAUGAUGCUGGUGCUGGUGCUGGUGGUGGCGCCGAAUGGGUUCAAGUGUUCACCUGUGCAGAACAUGUUCUCUCUGCCAUCGCCGCUGCUGUUACGUGUAUGUGACGCUCCUCCUGCCUCUUUCUUCCGCUUCUUCCUUAUACUGCCUCCUCAACCUCACGUUGUUGGAGGAGUUAUGUUGUCGCCUUGCCAGUGCACCACGUGUGCGGCUGGACUGAAGCAGUGGUUUUGUUCAGCCAUGGCGCUUGCACACGUUUGCUCGUCUUGAUGUUGUCUCUGCCCCUGUUUUUUGGUUGCUUGAAUGCGUUGUGCAGUUGUGUUGACGGGCGUCACAGUCGUGGCGGCUGGAUAGAUGGACUGGUGGGCAACGUGGUUUCCCGCUUUGGAUGGCUGUGUUUCAGUGGAGGGUGGCCUUCAGACUGUAUCGUUGAUGAAGACGUACGAAAGAAGUAUAAAGUGCAACUUACGU